AUGCAAGGCUCGAUUUUUCCAGCACGGUUUUCCCUCGGGCUCCAGGCUCUCCCGCUGGUGCAGCUCCGGGUGCUUUGGGUGUGGAGCUCCGCCAGCCUCCGCCCGCUCAGGAUCCGGCCCUGGAAGCUGUGGAGUUGCAGUCCCAGCUGGAGCAGGGCGUUCUUGGUGUCCCAUCUCUGUCCUCCUCUCCCGCCUUCGCCGAACCCCAGCUCCUCGCCCGGAGGAAGGGUGCACGCUGUGGGCAUCUCCCAUCCACCGAAAUCUAUGAUCAGCUCGGUGUGUGUCUCCUCCUACCGUGGACGCAAGUCUGGGAACAAACCACCCUCCAAAACAUGCCUGAAGGAAGAGAUGGGCAAAGGGGAAGAGUCGGACAAGAUCACCAUCAAUGUAGGUGGCACCCGGCAUGAGACCUACAAAAGCACCCUGCGGACUCUGCCGGGCACCCGCCUGGCCUGGCUGGCCGACCCCGAUGCCCAGAGCAACUUUGACUUUGAUGGCAAAAGCAACGAGUUCUUCUUCGACCGCCACCCCGGGAUCUUCUCCUACGUGCUCAACUACUACCGCACCGGGAAGCUGCACUGCCCCGCGGACAUCUGCGGGCCCCUCUUCGAGGAGGAGCUCACCUACUGGGGCAUCGACGAGACCGACGUGGAGCCCUGCUGCUGGAUGACCUACCGGCAGCACCGCGACGCCGAGGAGGCCCUGGACAUCUUCGAGAGUCCCGAGCCUGGUGGAGGGGCUGCUGGAGAGGAGCCUGAAGAGGAAGGGGGUAGGGAGAUGGCCCUUCAGCGCCUGGGCAUGGAUGACAGGCCCCCAGGGGCGGCGGGGGCUGCUGGAGGAGGUGGCUGCUGCCGGAACUGGCAGCCCAAGAUGUGGGCGCUCUUUGAGGAUCCCUACUCGUCCAAGGCGGCGAGGGUGGUUGCUUUCGCCUCGCUUUUCUUCAUCCUGGUCUCCAUCACAACCUUCUGCCUGGAGACUCACGAGGCCUUCAACAUCGACGUCAACGUCACCGAGACCCUGGUGGUGGGCAACACCACGACAGUGCUGCUGACACACAAAGUGGAGACGGAGCCCAUCCUCACCUACAUCGAAGGGGUCUGCGUGCUGUGGUUCACCCUCGAGUUCCUGGUCCGCAUCAUCUGCUGCCCAGACAAGCUUCUCUUCAUUAAAAACCUGCUCAACAUCAUUGACUUCGUGGCCAUCUUGCCCUUCUACCUGGAGGUGGGUCUCAGUGGCCUGUCCUCCAAAGCCGCCCGGGACGUGCUGGGUUUCCUGCGGGUGGUGCGCUUCGUCCGCAUCCUCCGCAUCUUCAAGCUGACGCGGCACUUUGUGGGUCUCCGUGUGCUGGGCCACACCCUGCGGGCCAGCACCAACGAAUUCCUGCUCCUCAUCAUCUUCCUCGCCUUGGGGGUCUUGAUUUUUGCCACCAUGAUCUACUACGCCGAGCGCAUCGGAGCCAAGACGUCCGACCCCACCGGCAGCGACCACACUCACUUUAAGAACAUCCCCAUCGGGUUCUGGUGGGCCGUGGUCACCAUGACGACCCUGGGUUACGGUGACAUGUACCCCAAGACGUGGUCAGGGAUGGUGGUGGGGGCUCUGUGCGCCCUGGCCGGGGUGCUGACCAUCGCCAUGCCCAAGAAAAAGCAUAUACCCCGUCCGGCGCCGCUGGACUCCCCCACCUACGGCAAAUCCGAGGAAAACUCCCCCCGGAACAGCACCCAGAGCGACACCUGCCCUUUGGCAGUGGAGGAGGGGGCGACUGAGAGGAAACGGUCAGACUCCAAGCAGAACGGAGAGGCCAACGUGGUGCUGUCGGACGAGGAGCAGCCGCUGUCGCCGGCGGACGAGGAGAAGCGGCCGAUGCGGCGCUCCAGCACCCGCGACAAGAACAAGAAAUCCUCCACGUGCUUCCUGCUGGCCACGGGGGACUUCUCCUGUGCAGCAGAUGGAGGCAUCCAGAAAGAUUCCUGCCAGGACACCCUCGCUUCCAGUUACCCCCAGGGUGAGGUGGUCACCUUCUCCUGAGCCCCAGCUGGAUGCAGGCACCACCAUGGGAGGGACAUCUUCCCCAGGGGUGCCUUCCCCAAGGGGCAGGGAUGUGUAUCCCCAGG